AUGUCCCGUAGCCUAGGUUGGCUUGCCCUGUACAGUCUAUCGGUAUCCCUCUUCACAUGUCUCCUCUUUCUGAAGAGGACAUCCAAGCCAUCUCUAACCCCCAUGGCUUCAAGGCAGGCUGGGAGCCCCAUAACGAGGCAUCCCUUCUGGGCAUCUCCAGAGUCCCAUCACAACCCCUGUCUGCCCAACCCUGAAGUGACCAAUGUAUCCACAGCCCUGCCCAUCCGUCACCGCCUCUUCCUGACCUACAAGCACUGCCGGAACUUCUUAACCCUGUUACAACCUACAGGCUGCCCUGCUGACACCUUCCUCCUCCUGGCAAUUAAGUCACUGCCUGCUCAUGUGGACCGCCGGGCAGCCAUCCGAAGCACCUGGGGCCGGAUCAGAGGGCAGGAUGGGGGGCAGAAGCUAAAACUAGUAUUUCUCUUGGGGCUGGGGGGAACUUCCCCACCCCCACAGUUGUUGGCCUACGAGAGCCAGGAAUUUGAUGACAUUUUACAAUGGAACUUUAAUGAGGACUUUUUCAACUUGACUCUGAAGGAGCUUCACCUCCAAAGGUGGCUGGCUACUAGCUGUCCCCAGGCCCAGUUUGUCCUUAAGGGGGACGAUGAUGUCUUUGUCCACGUGCCCAAUGUCCUGGAGUUCCUACGAGGGCAAGACCCCAGCCAGGAUCUCUUUGUGGGGGAUGUGAUCAAAGAUGCCCUGCCUAACAGGAACAUCAGGGUCAAGUACUUCAUUCCCCCAUCCAUGUACCGUGCUCACCACUACCCUCCCUAUGCUGGAGGCGGAGGCUAUGUGAUGUCCCAGGAAACAGUGCGAAGGCUCCAGGCUACAGUGGAGGAGGUAGACUUGUUCCCCAUUGAUGACGUUUUUGUAGGGAUGUGCUUGAAGAAACUGGGAGUGAAGCCAACCCACCACGCAGGAUUUAAGACCUUUGGGAUUCGGCGACCCCUGGACCCCUUGGACCCAUGUCUGUACAAGGAGCUACUGCUGGUGCACUGUCUCAGCCCCCUGGAGAUGUGGACUACAUGGGCUUUGGUGCAGGAUGAGGGCCUGAGGUGUGCUGCCCCUCCUGCUCAGGCCCAACAGACUGGCUGA